GCUCUCCAGUGCGCUGGGUUUGAGCGACCGGAUAUUGCUCUGCCGUUGCUCUCAGUUUCAAAAUGCUGAGGGGGCCUUAGGACCCGCAAGUGCCGCCCCUCCCCCUGGCCCGGAGAGGGAGCGACCCAUGGAGCCGUAAGUUUUACUAACCAGAUGCAAUAUCUACACUGCCAAAAUGACAUCACAUCCCACCUCUGCCCAGUGUUCAACAUCUGACAGUGCUUGCAAGAUCUCUUCAGAACGAAUCAGUCAGGUACGACCAAAAUCGCCGCUUUUGAAGAUUUUGCAGACAGCAGGUGCACAAGGUGAAAUAUUCACCAUGAAAGAGGUAAUGCACUAUCUAGGCCAGUAUAUAAUGGUGAAGCAGCUUUAUGAUCAACAGGAGCAACAUAUGGUAUAUUGUGGUGGAGAUCUUUUGGGAGAACUACUAGGAUGUCAGAGCUUUUCCGUGAAAGACCCAAGCCCUCUCUAUGAUAUGCUAAGAAAGAAUCUUGUCACAUUAGCCACUGUUAAUACAGAUGCUGCUCAGACUCUCGCUCUCGCACAGGAUCACAGUAUGGAUGUUCCAAGUCAAGACCAACUGAAGCACAGUGCAGUGGAAAGCUCCAGUUCCAGAAAAAGAACGGAAGAAGAUGAGAUUCCUACACUGCCUACCUCACAACGUAAACGCAGAAAUUCUAAUGGAAAUGAAGACUUGAUAGAAAAUUUAACUCAAGAUGAGACAUCUAGGCUGGACCUUGAUUUUGAGGAGUGGGAUGUUGCCGGCCUGCCUUGGUGGUUUUUAGGGAACUUGAGAAACAACUAUAGACCUAGAAGUAAUGGCUCAACUGAUUUACAGACAAAUCAGGAUGUAGGUACUGCCAUUGUUUCAGACACUACAGAUGAUUUGUGGUUUUUAAAUGAGUCAGUAUCAGAGCAAUUAGGUGUUGGGAUCAAAGUUGAAGCUGCUGAUUGUGGACAAGCAAGUGGAAAAAUAGGGAAAGCAAGUGACAAAAAGGUGAUUGAAGCAGGAAAAGAUGAUGAGCUUGAGGACUCAAAGUCCUUGAGUGAUGAUACUGAUGUGGAAGUUACCUCUGAGGAUGAGUGGCAAUGUACUGAGUGCAAGAAGUUUAACUCUCCAAGCAAGAGGUACUGUUUUCGUUGCUGGGCCUUGAGGAAGGAUUGGUAUUCGGAUUGUUCUAAAUUAACACAUUCUCUCUCCACAUCUGAUAUCACUGCCAUACCUGAAAAGAAGGAAAAUGAAGGAAUUGAUGUUCCAGAUUGUCGGAGAACCAUUUCAGCUCCAGUUGUUAGACCUAAAGAUGUAUAUAUAAAGGAAGAAAAUUCCAAACUCUUUAACCCUUGCAACUCAGUGGAAUUCUUGGAUUUGGCUCACAGUUCUGAAAGUCAAGAGACAAUCUCAAGCUUGCGAGAACAAUCAGAUAUCCUUUCUGAGCAGAAAACAGAUACAGAAAAUAUGGAGGAUUGUCAGAAUAUCUUGAAGCCAUGUAGCUUAUGUGAGAAAAGACCUCGAGAUGGGAACAUUAUUCAUGGGAGGACGAGCCAUCUUACUACCUGUUUUCACUGUGCCAGAAGACUAAAGAAGGCUGGGGCUUCGUGUCCUACUUGUAAGAAAGAGAUUCAGUUGGUUAUUAAAGUGUUUAUAGCAUAACUUAAUAAUUUGAGAGAAAUAUUAGAAAGACCAGGUAACUUAUAAAAAAUCAGUGUUCUUGGAGGCAGAGGCAGACAGAUCACCAAUUUUGAGGCCAGUCUAGGGUGUUAAAAAAAAAAAAAAAAAAAUCUGUGUAGCUGGGCAUGGUGGUACAUGCCUUUAGUCCCAGAACUCAGGAAGCAGGUGAAUGAAUCUCUGUGAGUUCUGGAUUACAUAGUAUUGACCAUCUUUUCUAAGUGUGACCCCAUUGCAUGUGUUUAUUUUUGUAAGCAUAUAUGGAAUUUGAGAACAUCUUAGAAGGUUGAUUUGGGGAUUUCAUUAACAUGAAAAGAUAAGAAAAUCAAUUCCUUCAAAAGUUGAAAUCUGAGAGGGAACAGCUAACAGAAACAUAAAACAUUCACUUACCAAAUUAUUGCAAAAUUAAUUUUUUAGUUAAUUUUAUUCUCUACCCCUGGUGUUCAGUAAUAUUCUUGAGGCGUUAAACUCUAAGGUAGUUAUUAGGAAAAUGCUAGGGCCAACACUGGGAAAACAGACACCUGAUUAGUCAAACUGUGACUUGCUGUUUAAUUAGUUUAUGUUGAAGUCAUUCUG